AUGGCCCCCAACCUCAAGACUGUUGCCACCGCCGAGUACGAUGCCGUCAUCAUGGCCGCCGGCAAAUACGUCGAGGCUCUCCGCAUCGGCAGCAGCAAGGCCGUUGAGGAGGCAUUCCACAAGGAUGCUGUCAUGUACGGCUUCAUCAGUCCCCCCAAGCCCGACAUGCUGGCUGGUUCCAUCAGCAACCUGUACACCUUUGUUGAUCAAAACGGGGCUGCUUCCGACAUUACCACAAGGCUCGAUGUCUUGUCCAUGACACAGACAACUGCUGUUGUCCGCAUAGACAUGGAGAAGGAUGCCGCCGGCGCCGACUACACCGACUUCCUGACCCUGAUCAAAAUCAAUGGCACGUGGACUAUCAUCGCCAAGGUAUUUCACAAGUACGAUACAGCAAACUAG